GUAUCGUCUACUUUGUCUUUGCACAAUACGCCAACUGUAUUUUAUUCAAACAUAACUUAAUAACUAGAAAUCACCAGUUCAGUGCAGUUACCGAUCUUCUGGUGUGCUUUGACUCUUCAGGCUCAACCAUGGACACAGAAGAGUUUAGAAAGCGAGGGAAGGAGAUGGUGGAUUACUUGUGCGAAUACAUGGAGACAUUGUCAUGUCGCCCAGUUACCUCCACCGUACACCCCAACUACCUGCGAGAUCUCCUUCCACAAGAGGCGCCCGUCAACCCAGAGCCCUGGGACGAUAUCAUUGCCGACCUGGAACAUAAGAUAAUGCCUGGGAUCACUCACUGGCAGCACCCGCGGUUCCACGCGUACUUCAGCUCCGCCGCCUCCUACCCGGCCAUCCUCGGCGACAUGAUCUCGGGCAUCAUCGGCUGCAUGGGCUUCUCCUGGGUGGCCAGCCCCGCCAUCACCGAGUUGGAGACCAUCGUUCUGGACUGGUUCGGGAAAGCCAUCGGACUGCCUCAAUCAUUUUUGUCUGACAGUAAUGGUGGCGGAGUUCUUCAGGGAUCAGCCAGUGAAUGUGUACUGGUUGCCAUGCUGGCCGCUCGUGAUCAAGCCCUCAACAGACUGUACGAAGAAAAUCCCUCAGAGCAUAAAGCGAGUCACUUGCCCAAGCUCGUGGCCUAUUGCAGCAAGGAGGCUCACUCUUGUGUAGAGAAGGCCGCCAUUAUCUCGCUUGUCACUCUGAGGAAGCUGGAACCAGACAGCAACAGCAGUUUGCGCGGGGAGAUCCUCAGCAAGGCGAUAGAAGAAGAUGAGGCGAAAGGGUUAGUUCCGUUCAUGGUGUCAGGCAUUCUGGGGUCAACAGGGUCGUGUUCCUUCGACAACCUGGAAGAGAUCGGACGCGUGGCCAAGAAGCACGGCUGUUGGCUUCACGUGGACGCGGCGUACGCAGGCUCCGCCUUCAUCUGUCCAGAGUUCCAACACCUUCUCAAUGGUAUUGAAUUAGUCGACAGCUUCAACACAAACCCCACCAAGUGGCUGCUGAUGAACUUCGACUGCUCGUGUCUGUGGGUCAAGGACAGAAAGAAGAUUAUAAAAAGUUUCAGUGUCAACGCUUUAUACCUGGAGAGCGAGUAUGAAGGCAUGGUGCACGACUACCGCCACUGGGGCAUUCCUCUGAGUCGGAGAUUCCGGUCGCUCAAGAUGUGGUUCGUCUUCCGCUGCUACGGAAUCUCAGGAUUACAACAGUACAUCCGCAAUCAUGUCAGGCUGGCUCAGCUCUUCGAGAGCCACGUGCGGAAGGACGAACGUUUCGAGGUCCUCAAUGACGUUCGGAUGGGAUUGGUGUGCUUCCGUCUCAAGGGGAAAGGCGACAAGGUCACAGCUCACCUCUUGGCGAACAUAAACCACUCCGGUAAACUUCACAUGAUCCCCGCCAGAAUCAAGGGGAAGUUCAUCAUCCGGUUCGCCAUGAAUGCACAGCCCGGUACUGAAGGCGACAUUGAUUAUGCUUGGUCGGUGAUCUCGAGGUAUGCGACGUUGCUGCUGUUACACCCGAAGAUCUCGCCACGCAUCCUCUGCCACAUUCCUCCGACACCACAGGGUCACAACCUGCGAGAGCGCUUCUCCUUUACGCGUUCCGUGUCGCGCGACGUGUUCAAGCGCCUGGGCAACGAGCUUCACGACGGAGCGAACCCCGUCAUCAUCCUCGACGAGGACGAAGACAUCAACGAUCCCUGCGAGGACUCUGAGAACGCUGUCAGGGAAGAAGAACACAUCUGAUUCUAGACUAUUUUUACCCCUCCAUUUAUGAUCAGUUAGGUACACUUCAUCGGGUGAUAUGUCCUUUUUGAGAAACACGGUCUUCAAUGGAGGUGUUUCUGUAUCUGCCUGUUGUACACUGCUCUGUUGUAAUCUAAUACCUGGGAAUAUAUUGUUUUUGAUCAGAA